GUAGAGGGAGUAAAUUUAAAAUAUGAAAUAACUUCACAACACGAAAAGAAGAAGGACACAGAAAAUAAAGGUAGAGGGGCCUGGCCCCAGUUAAACAGAAAACGAAAGCUCGAAGAACCUGUAUUCUUAGAAAACCCGCAAAAUAUGAAACACAAAAAAAACAAGAUGACGAUUCCGUCGGCCCAAGAAAACAAAGAAAACAAAGAAAAACAGACGCGUGAACAAGAAAACAAAACCGCGGAACCACCACUCAGAUGGGAUAAACAGGUCAAUAAAGAAAUCACUACACUUAGCGAUAUCACGAACACAACAAAUAUAGAACAGUCAGAACAUAUAGAGAGUAACCCCGAAGCAAAAAAAUACACAACUAGAGAAAGAGCUCGUAGAGAAUGGAACGUACAUUCUCUUGGAACAUCUGUAGAAAAUGAGGGGCAGGAGGACUCCACUCCCCUAGACGAUCACAUGACAGACUCAGAAUCUACUGAAAUCCAAUCAGAACUGAUUGAGGUCGCAGAAAAUGGCAAUGAUAUGCAAAUAGAUGGAUCCAGCGUUAAACCCGAGGAAACGACAAGCAAUGCAGACACAUCUGUCACACCUCAAAUCCCAAUCAUGGGCCCAGUAGAUGAACUAUCGACCACCUAUAACGAUGAGGGACCUGCAGCAGACUCUAUGGCUGUAAACGAGACAACAUCUCCAAACACGUCGCCAGACAGUAUUUCCCAAAAAAUGGGGGGAAGGAACCAACCCCAAGCACUAGCUGGACCACCAAACCUAUCACGUAAUAUGCCUCACAAUAUAAAUUUGAAAAUAGCAACACUAAACGUGAAAGGUCUAAAUAACAGAGGCAAACAAACAAAUACUAUCACACUACUAAAAUCAUACAAGUUAGACAUAAUCACGCUACAGGAAACUAACAUAAACAGUGAAAAAACAAUCGAACAAAUUAAAUUUCAAUGGGGGUUUCCCUCGAUAUGGACAAAUAAAGGUGCUAUCCUCGCAGGAAAGAAGGACAUUGAAUUUACCAACAUAGUAACAUCCAUGGAAGGGAGAGUAAUAGAAGCAGAGUUCAGACAUAAGGGCCAAGAAUUUCACAUUACCAAUAUCUACGCUCCCCCUAACUUACCAGAUAGAACAAAAUUCUUUGAAAGAUGGGAGUCUUCAAUAAAAAGAGGAUCCAUUAAUAUAAUAACAGGAGAUUUUAAUACCAACUUAAACCCGGAAUCUAAUCGAAUAAGUCAAUCAGCAUAUCAACAAGACCCAUCUCGUAAACAAUUGCUAGAGCUGACUAAGGACUUCAUAGAUGCCUCUGAAGUAGCGGGAGAGUCUCCCUUCCUUACUUACUUCCAAAAUACACAGAUGGGAAGAAGCAUGGCCACAUGCAUAGAUUACAUCUUCAUAGAAGCGGAAUAUAGCCAUUUGGUCAAGCAAAUGUCAUUACGGCAUGGAAACUCUGACCACAUGCUCUUAGAAUGCACACUCCGCUCAGCCAAACCACACGAAUCCAAUGCCCUUUGGAGAUUUGACGAGCGAUGUUUGCGCAAUGAUAAAUUAGCAAAAGAGGUAAUGGAAGAAUUAACAGAUAAAGAAGCCCCAAAUGACUGGGAUUUGUGUAAGCUAAGGAUUCAAUCCAUAAUAAGAGCGUUCAAGAAGCUGAAAGCCACAGAAGGGAAAAUCGCUCAAUUGAACAAGAAACUUCUGAGACUCAAAAAAAAUGCAGCUAGACAGGAUGUUAGCAGCUUCAUGGCUCAAAAGAUAGAAGAGAUAUAG